AAAUAAAAACAGUUAAAACAACAACAAACAUUCUAACCAAUGCAAAACAACUCAUGACAUUUUCAGUUUGGCUGCUAGACCAACUGAAAAUAACCCUCGUCUAAAACAGUCACCAAAAUACACCUAACUCGUGACUGCUAUAACAUUUUCAUAUAACCUUGCCAACUUUAAAAUGACCUAAAUAAACACAACGCUGAAACUGACAGCGACCUAUUUCAUUUUCCAGUGUAACGUCGUCGAAAUAAAACGACUAUAUUCAAAUGUCGAAUGCGUCACACGUUUAGUUCUAAAGUUUGUGUUUUUAAUUUAUCCGAAUAACGUGCUCUAAGUUGGUCCGAGCGCUGCUGUCAGUCGGAAAAUCGCGGGCGUGCGCGGCGCAUGCGUUAAUUUUUUUAUUUUUUCUAAUAUAGAAGCGUUUUUCUGGUGAUUUGGAGUGCAGUGAGUUUUGUGAAAAGUGGAAAUAAUUUUUAAGGCGUUUUUAUGGUAUGUGAUAAGUGAAAAUCAUGUUAUACUGAAUCAGAUUGUGCUUAGUUUAUCUGUGAAAAAUGAUCAACCAACAUUUGGUGAGCAACAUGGCGUAUUACGGCAAGUCGCCGUUUUUCCCCGGCGUGGAGGACGCGGCGCUGGCGAGCGGCGGGGCCGCGGGCUCGCCCUCCGUGCCCUCCGACCAGGCGCAGGAUGUCGUGUCGCGACUCAGCGCUGCCGGUCUUUCGAUGUGCGUGUCGGCGCUGGGGUCGCCGGCGCGCUCGUCGCCGGUGUCGGCGGGCUCCGAGCACGGCGAGCGCUUCAGCCGCAAGGUGUUCGUUGGCGGCCUGCCGCCCGACAUCGACGAGGAUGAGAUCACCUCCUCUUUCCGGCGGUUCGGCCCGCUGGUGGUGGACUGGCCGCACAAGGCCGAGAGCAAGAGCUACUUCCCACCAAAGGGCUACGCGUUUCUACUGUUCCAGGACGAGAGCUCGGUCGCAGCACUGAUGGAGGCUUGCAUCACAGACGACGACAAGCUGUACCUCUGCGUGUCGUCGCCCACCAUCCGCGACAAGCCAGUCCAGAUCCGCCCGUGGCGGCUCGCCGACGCAGACUUCGUUCUGGACGCCUCCAUGCCGCUGGAUCCUAGGAAGACCGUCUUUGUUGGUGGGGUUCCUCGCCCGCUUAAAGCCGCCGAACUGGCGAUGAUUAUGGACCGGCUGUACGGCGGCGUCUGCUACGCCGGCAUCGACACCGACCCCGAACUCAAAUACCCCAAGGGUGCGGGCCGCGUGGCGUUCUCCAACCAGCAGUCGUACAUCGCGGCCAUCUCCGCUCGCUUCGUGCAGCUGCAACACGGCGACAUCGACAAGCGGGUCGAGGUGAAGCCGUACGUGCUGGACGACCAGAUGUGCGACGAGUGCGCCGGCGCGCGCUGCGGCUCCAAGUUCGCGCCCUUCUUCUGCGCCAACGUCACCUGCCUCCAGUACUACUGCGAGCACUGCUGGGCGACCAUCCACUCGCGGCCGGGGCGCGAGUUCCACAAGCCGCUCGUGAAGGAGGGCGCCGACCGCCCGCGCGCCGUGCCCUUCCGCUGGUGUUAGUGCUGUCCCGCUCCCUCGCACCACCACCCUCCCCCCUCCCCUCCCGCACCCGACCCCUCACCGAGAAAACUAGUGACGAGAGGUAACCACUAGUGGUGAACUAACCACUAGUCAUGAAUUUGCGAUUACUAUUUAUGUAACCAUUAGUGUUGUUCACAGAAUUGUGACGAUUCUGAAUUUUGUCAUGAUUUUGAACGGUUAAACAAUAGAUCGCGUAAGCAGGGUAACCACUAGUGCCACUUUACUAAAAGCGUUACUAAGAUUGUCAUAAUAUAAGGUGGUUGAAUGACUAUUAGGUACUUUGUGUGAAUGUAAUAGCAAAUCGCAUAACCACCAUCGUUAAUCACUGUCACGAAUUGUGUUUCUACUGCAAUAAGAAACUAGCAGACCAGUCAAUAUCACUAAUAUAGGUUGCCCUACCGCCACAAACAUUGAAACAAUUGAUUCUUUACAUUGACUAUAUUGGUGACGCUGACAUUGGUGGUUACGCUGACACUACUGGUUACGCUGACACUGGUGGUUACACUCUGGUGGCGCUACGUGCUCUCCACACUCCCGCUUUACACUCGAAGUGACCAAAAAUAUGGCUGUUUACAUCUCGAAUAGGCCAAUGGCCGACUAAGACGUAUUUCAACUAAGCCUAACCCAAACUACACGGAAGAAUGGAAAACGCUUCGUCCGAAUGAUUUCUGCAUAAACUUAUCUUUUUGUCGAAAUUAUUUUAAUUAGUAAAAUUUAAAGGACAUUAUUCGGAGAAGACGUUAUUGAAAUACAUCGUAUUAGAUGGCACUGGAUACGACAUGUAACUAAAAUAAAAAGCAACUUUAUCCAACGUUUAAUAUUAAGCAGAUAGGAUUGAAGUAAGAAAAUACUUGCCGAGUUUUCUCUAGCGGCCGCCAUUUGCAUUCAGUGUGGCCGUUGAGAAAAUUAACGAACGAUUUUCGAUUUAAGCAAAGAUGUGUAUCCAUAAAGUUAGAUAGUUGUCCGUUCGUCGUUUGUGGGUAAGCUCUACUUGGCGCGAUCACUCGCGCCUUAUCCUAAGAUUAAUGUAAGACAUAAGUGGAAUGUCUGAUUUCUCAAGAUAAUUGUACCUGUGUAGCUAGAAACAAUUUCAUAAGAGUUUCCUCGUUUAGAUUUUCGACUUGGAUAUUGUUGCUAUUUUUUCACUUCGGCGUCCCGUUCUUACGGUUAGACAAUUUUACUAAACUAAAUCAGUUUAGUGUCGACGAAGAUAGAGGGCGUUGACUUGACAACGCCACAGACUAUAGCAGCCAGUGUUGCCAACAUUUGACAUUUCGGGCAAUUAUGAUUGAAGAAUGUCUCUUUCUCUUUAAAGUUAGUAGGAAAGGGAUAGAGAAUCGGUCUCUACCGGCUGCUAAGAGUUUGUGUGUUGUCCUCGGGGUUUUGUUAGUCUGCUCGUUUCACUGGGAGGCGGUAGGGACUGGUUUUUAGUACAAACGAAAAUAAAAUACGUUACCAAUUUUGGCUGUAGUCUUGCUCGACGCGAGUAUAUCUCUUUUCUUAUAUUUUAGCGUUAAAAAGUAUGAUAAUAAAAAUAUUUUUUGGAUUCGCCGGGAUAGUGCAAUAGACCGUAGUUUAGUAUACUAUAAAAAUAUAUUAACCAAUUAUUAAACUAGUGUAAAUAUGCGGUGGUUCACGUUUUUACCCUUUGCUUGUCACUCGCGUUUGUUUGAGGUUAUAUUGGAGUUGAAUUUGAUGAGUUUUGGUAUCGGAGGGCUCAGUGUGUACUUAACGAGGCGACGGAUACUGACGGUCGGCUGACAUCGUAUCCCGACGACCACGGACGCAUAUAGACUGUAGAAAAAAGACUUGCGCGAAUUUUUUGAACAUUUUUUUAGUUUGGAAGCGGUUUUUUCGUGUCGUGUUUUUUCUAAAUUUUAAAAGGUGAGGCUAUGAAGUGCCUUGGUGUGUGUGCCCGCCGGUGUGUUUAACUCCCGUACGGGCGUUCGUUGGAUUCGUCUGGUCUUGAGCGUUUGAUGCACUUUAAAUUAUUUUUUGACACGCGUCUGGGUUUCUCUAAAACUACCAUUUAUGGCAGCUGGUAACACUGACGCGCGUAGUAGAUUUAUUCUACAGUUUUUGACAGCUGUCAACUGUCAAGCGCGACGGCAGCGCCCGGGAUCACCGCCAUCCCAUUAUUUUAAAAUAUAUAGUUAAUAAUCAAUUCUCUAAAAGUUAAGUAGGUACAAUUCGUAUUGUUAGUAGAUGCAUUUUAGUAAAAUUAUUUGCCAUAAUACAGACGCAUUGUGGGACUUUUUAUAUUCAUAUUAUAUUAUCGCGAGCCGCUCUGUGGCCCCUGUAAAAUUUAGGACAAAAUAUUUGAAAUAUGAAAUAAUAUAUAUUUUCUUAGUCUUUAGAAAACUUAGCUAUAUAUUGAUAUAUAUUUCGCAAUAUAAAAAGUCGUAUGAAGCGCAUGCACACUACGUGUGUUACUCGUAGUAGGAAAUAAAAUAAUUGCAAUACCGAAUGGUGAGUUGCAGAGUUCCUCACGGGACGGAUUCCCAUACAUUUUUCACUCCGCACCUAAGUUACUUCAUUCUGAAUCCUUCACCAGACAAAUUUCGACUGCAUUUUCAAACGUCUCUAUUUACUUUUGAUUUUUAUUUGUAGGAAAUUCGAUUUUUUUAUCCGUUUAUUUAUAUAAUUUCACUCGUGAUGUGUGCAUUUCCCGUUAUUGGUGGUUCUUUUGUAUGAAAUUGCUCAAUGUUUUUUGUAAUUGUUUGGAAGUGCCCUCCCCUCCUAGCGGUGGGACGCGUGACUGUGACUUGAUACUGGAUGCUUGAUACGUGUCGUGUGGUAGCACUGUCCCAUUUUUGUAUUUUUAUAUUUUUAUAAAAAACGAAAUUGUGAAUUCGGACGUGGUCUUUUAAUUUACGCGCAACGUUAGACUUCAACACGCUGGACGGGAACCAUUUUUGUAUAACUUGAUGCGUUCCGACUCCGCGCCGACGCAAAGCCGACCUUAGUCGGCGGCGUCUUUAAUUAUAAAAAUAUAUAAUUGGUGUUAGAAUAUUAAUACAACCGAGGUGAGUUUGGGAUAUGUGGUCUGUUGCGAGCGGCUGUGUCUGCUAGCGCGGUCGGUCUUCUACACGGAGGAUUUGUAUCGUUUCUGGUUCUAGGGAGGUUUACAUUUCUCCUAUUUUUUGCCUCGUUUCUUCUUUAUAGUUUAAUCGUCGAACUAAAGGAAAUAGUGUGAAGUUAGCGUUUCUCAUUCGAUCAAUCGCAUGCCACUGUAGCAAUCGUUUCGAUGCUCACUUCAUACUCAUUCAUUUAGUAGUCGAGUUUCCUUUAUCUUGUUAAGAAUUUUGCGAUCGAUUGUCGAUCCUUCGAUUUCGCCUCGCAGUAUUUAGUUUAGAUCUAUUUAAUUUCUAUGAAAAGGUCUGAUUUUGAGGGAUUUGUAGCGCUUUUCACGUGCGAAAUAGUUUUUUAGUUGAUUUGGAGUGCCCUUUAGUUUGUAACUGCGAGGUGACGUUUUUAGUUAGUUAGUUUGUAGGUUGUUUGUUUGCUUGGUUCCUCGUUUAUUGCCGCUACGGCUUGUUCUCGUUAUUUAUACGUUGUCUGUUUUUCUAUUAAUAUAACUAGCUGACGGGUGUUCAUUGUCGUUUUAUUAUUUGGGAGCCGCGGCGACGUACUGCAGAUUGCUAACGAAGUUAGUGCUACUGAUUUCAGAGAGUGAGUUCAGUGCAACAUAAUUUAGUGCUUAGUUCAGUAACUUUUAUGGAAGUCGAUAGUGAAAUGAGCACUAGUUUUGUUGAAUAACUUCGAACUUCUUAAGUUCGGAUGCAGCGGCUUACGUCGUUAUAGUCACGGCUCGGUCCAGACUUUAGAAUAAUCGCAGAAACGCAAAUACGAUUGUCGACGGUGACCCUAAAGUCGGGACAAGCCUCCGACCGAUGUGACAUUUGUACUUUUUUAAAAUAUCGUAGCUAUCUUUAAAAUGUAAAGAGUUGUUGUUGUUUCGAAGUCGGUGUUUCGUGCCCUCGUCGUUUAUCUCUGAGUGAGUUUCUUCGCACUAUUUUUCACUGCAUGUAUAUAGUGAAUCAGUACGUUGGAUUCUUAAGGAAAAAAAUAAAAAAGCGCAAAAAAAGAAUUUUUUAUCGACGCCUCGGGAACGGGGUGGGCGCGCCGCGCACCAUAGACCUCGAGGUUUUAGCGAAAUUAUUAAUUAAAAUAAUAGCGAAAAGUAGCGCAAUUCAUGAAAUACCUACCUAGUUGAAGUAUAUCGUAUACGGUGCGGUAGUACCCACACCGUAAGCUAGACAAUAUUAAGUUUGUAUGGAAUUUCUUGCACCGUCGAGUGUUGGUUUCAACCACUUUGAAUUUCGGUAUAGCAAGCUGGUAUGCACAGAUAGUGCGAUGAAAUUUAUUUUUUUAACAAAUUUUGAAAUUGGACGGCCCUCUAAUACUUAUGUGCUAUUUAAUGUUGAUUGUAUUAAAUUGAAACGCGGAUAGAACGAAGUUCAUUAACACGUCUACAAAGAUCUGUCAUUAGUUCACGACAAAAAACAAAAUCACUCCCGCUGUGUUUAAUUUAGUAUCGUCAACAUAUUGACUUGAAGACGCAACCGCUCUUAUUACCGGUCUGAAUCAUUUAAUUAUUUCUAUAAAGAUCUUCGACAAAUAUAAAUCCUAGGUAAACCUAAAUAGAAAAUCUUGAAAUCGUACAACUAUCAAGUUUCGGAUCGGAUUGGUAAUAUCCGUGUUGCCGUUUUCAAAACUAAGGUUCAAAAAGGGGCCGGCCCCCCACUGUAUUAAAUUAAUUUGAAAUAAGAUUUAUAUAUACUGAUAUUUUUAUAGACGGUUGUUACAUAGAAUCAAUUUUGUUGAAAAUUGAAGUCUCGUUUCGAUUAGAUUGAUUUGCUAUUAAUAUUGUCCAUCUUCGUUUGGUUCAACGGUUGUAGUGAAUAGACACACCUAGUGAGAAAUAUUUAAGGUUAUUUUUAAGAUUUCCUUCUAGUAAUAAGUAUUGGUCGUUGUUUGCUAACUUACUGGCAUUAGGUGCGUUGCUGUUAUGAACAUAUCUGGCCCCUGUUUUACUAUAUUGACAAUUCACAGUAUAUUAUUGGUCUAACAAUUAAGUUAACAUUGACGCCACGCCACGGCCAAAGUGACCAAAUAGUUCGUCACAUCGUACCUACUAAAUAUAUGGAGUAACGAACUAUUUGACCACUUUUGUAGCUAUAAUAUAUUUGACGCUGACUGCACCGUCGUUACAUACCGACCCAGAAAUGUACAGUCAACUGUAAAAAUAUGGGUGUACAAAUCAUCUCAAAAAUAUGUCCCAUAACUCUUAUGUCAGUGAAUUAGAACUAUGGGACAUAUUUUUGAAUAAGUUGUCUGCACCCAUAUUUUUACAGUUGACUGUACAUGAAAUUGACAGUGUCGGGUGAUAAUUGUUAAGUUUAGUUUGGCCUUUGCGUCCGUCAAUGGUUUAAUAGGUAUUUAUUUUCUCUUGUGUUUCUGAUGACCCAUUUAGUUAAACAAUAGAUAUACAGACAUGGUCGUAGUGUAUGUCAUAAGUAACAUCUCCCACAUAACGUAAGGUGCUUAAUUUUGUGGGAAGACACUGUCGAAUGACACAUUAAUGACCAAUUUUAUUGGUCAAAUGGUCACUUUUGUGGUGCUUUUGAAACAAAAUAUUACUUCAGGACGUUUUUUGUCAAAACACUUAGGUAAUAUUGGUACCUAUACAGAUUUUCGCAGGCCAGUGAUAGGAUGUUGUAGAUGCAACAUAUUCCUUUUGCCAAUGUUUGACGUUGAACCAAACGGAAGUGGACAGAUUUUGACUCGUUUACACUGUACAGUUAAAUUGUUCAGGUCCACUGUGACGACGAUCUUCACGCUUCUGUUCUAGAGUAUUGUGAAAACUAUUAAAAUGAAUUUGAAACUUU